AUGAUGCACCCCUUCUUCUUGAUAAUUCUCCUGGGACUCCCAUGGGUGCACACCACUGUCAACAAUACCAGUGGGUUGGACAACAGUACCAGUGGGUUAGACAUGGUCAUCAAACCUAGGCAAGGUAUGGACUCUCGUCAGCUCCUAGUCUACAAGAACUGUGUAGAGGAAUGCUCGUUUGCACUUAUUCAGCCUCCACCAACCCCUAGAAAGCUUCCACCAACCACUUACUUCUACUAUACCCUGUGCUGCUCUGGUUAUCUUUGCAAUGAAGGAGGACCUUCUAAUAUAGAGAGGGACUUGUCACCCCCUGUUGUGAUUGAGGAAGGGCUAAUUGCAAGAGCUGUGUGUCGGGGCGAGUUCAACCUUCUCCUGAACAUUUCCUUAAUCCUCUCCAGCAGCAUACUGAUCUGA